AUGGUCCAAGAGCGAGGGUCCAAGCAGCGGCGCGAACAGUCCCCCGAGAGCGACACUGACAUCUCGGCCUUGAUCAAGUCCACUCUCAAGAGCAAUGGGCAGGCCGAUGCCAGCAGUGCCUUUGGGGCAGCAACGGCUCAUCCCACCUUUGGGCACCCGACCAAGAUGAUGUCCUCUCGUAAGCAGAAAGCCGACAUCUUCAUCCGUCAGAAGACUCGCCCCGAGCACCAUCUCGAAAGCCACGUCAAUGGCCCCAGGGCACCGACGUACCACCCUCGAAUAGCACCUCCACCUCCCAUGUUCAGCUCAGUCCCGUCGGCUUCGACUGUGCCUUCGACAGCUACGUCGCUGCAACGUCGUGGAGAAGAGGUCUUCUAUACAGACCCGGCAAAGGCCAGCGAAGAUCUCAAGGCGUUGCUGGAGGGGGGCCUGGAGGGCGAUGACGACGAAGGAGUUGACUCUGAUGGGAAUCGAGAGCCGUCAGGAGAAGGGAAGAAACCCACGGACGAUACCGCCGCCAAAGAUCCCAAGACUAUAGCAAAAGAUGGCAAUGUAGUUGGUCUCAAGGUACAAUUGCUACCUCACCAGGUAGAGGGUGUCAACUGGAUGCGUGGUCGUGAACUCGGUCCGGUCAAGAAGGGCACUGUUCCCAAGGGUGGUUUGCUUGCCGACGACAUGGGGCUGGGCAAGACGCUGCAGUCAAUCUCCCUUAUCCUUCUCAAUCAAAGACCGAAAAAGGAUGGGGAGGGUUGGAAAAGGAGUUUUCAAAAGGUCGACAAGACGACUCUUGUUGUUGCCCCUCUGGCAUUGAUCAGGCAAUGGGAGACGGAGAUCAACGAGAGGGUAGUUAAGCAACACGGUCUUAAAGUACUGGUACAUCACGGUCCACAGCGGACAAAGCAACCCGAGGACCUCAAGCUGUACGAUGUUGUCAUCACGACCUACCAGAUCCUCGUCUCUGAGCACGGAAAGUCGUUGGAUGAUGCCCCGACAGGCUGCUUUGGACUUCACUGGUGGCGAGUCAUCCUAGAUGAGGCACAUACCAUCAAGAACCGCAAUGCAAAGGCCACCAAGGCUUGCUGUGCGCUGCGAUCAGAGUAUCGAUGGUGCUUGUCUGGCACACCAAUGCAAAACAACCUUGAGGAGUUGCAGUCCCUCAUCAAGUUUCUUCGCAUCAGGCCCUACGAUGAUUUAAAAGCAUGGAAGGAUCAGAUUGAGCUCCCCAUGAAAGGCGGCAAAGGCCAUAUCGCUCUCGGUAGGCUUCACGGCUUCCUUCGCUGUUUCAUGAAGAGGCGCACAAAGGAGAUUCUGAAGCAGGCUGGUGCACUCACACCGGGCGGAGUGCCAUCAACCGACGGCGCAGCGGCGAUAAACGGAUUCAGACAUACCAACCGCAAGGUAGUCACUGUCGCUACUGAGCUAUCCCCUGCAGAGCGGAGGUUUUACCAAAAGCUGGAAGCCCGCGCCGACCAAAGCAUGGCAAGGAUGAUGAAAGAGAAGAUGAGCUACGCCAACGCCUUUACACUGCUGCUGCGUUUGCGACAGGCGUGUAAUCACCCAAAGCUGCUCGAGGGAAAGCUAGGGGAUGACAAGGAUGCGCUUUCAACAGGCGUUUCGAACGCGAAGCAGCAAGAUGCGGAUGUGGAUUCGGUGGCCGAUUUGUUUUCAGAUAUGGGAAUCACCACUAAGGAGUGUAGCAUUUGCGGCCGGCCAGUGGAUAAAAAGGGGCGAGACUCUGGAGAUGAUCAUUGUGCUGAGUGCGCUUCGGAUUUGGCAUUCUUUUACGGCAGCGAGAAGCCGAACAAGACAAAGAAGAAGGCUAAAAAGGCUGUGAAGACAGCAUCCUCCAAGAAGAAGGGGGAGAAAAAGAGACGACAGAGGCGUCCGAAGGACGAAGAGGAAGAAGGGGAAGAGGAAGAGGAAGAGGAAGAGGAAGAGGAAGAACAGCCUAGACAGAAUGCACGGAGACCACGAAUCCGGAAUGCUGUCCUCGAUAGUGAUGAUGAAGACGAGGAGGAACCGAAGCAAACGUCUCGUCGUCGACAAAACCGCAAAGCCGUCAUUGAUAGCGAUGACGAAGAAGAAGAAGAUGAUGAAGGAAGCUGGAUUGUCUCGGAGAGCGAGCGGGGAGCGCUGAAGCUCGGCAAGGCUGGAGGAGAAGAAGACGAGAACGCAGAAGGUGGCGGAGACUCGAUAGGAUCCGAGGAUUCCGAAGACUCGGAAGAAGAUGACGAUGAUGAUCAAAGCAACCUUGACAGCUUUGUGGUGGAUGAUUCAAUCGCCAGGGGGGAAGAAGGGUACAAGUCUGUGGACGAGGAGUCGGAUGACGACUCUCUCGUGUCCGUAUCUGAAAUAACAAGGGGUAUGGCCUCGCAGACGCUCAAGGACAAGGCUCCUCGCACUUCACGAGCGAAACCCAAACGCAUCAUCACAAUUUCUGAUGAUGAUUCCGAAGCUGGCUCAGAGACCGACGCCGGUUCAGAGACUGAAUCCGAGUCCGAAGAGGCAGACUCAGACGCUUCUUCGGAGUACGACCCCUCGGCAGACGGCAAGAGCAUCUUUUCGUCCGCCAAGAUCCGGGAACUCACCAAGUUGUUGCGCGCAGAGGCGCACGAGCACAAGUUCAUCGUCUUUUCGCAGUUUACAUCGAUGCUCGACUUGGUGGAGCCGUUCCUGCGCAAGGAAGGGUUUCGGUUCACGCGGUAUGAUGGCAGCAUGAGGAACGAUGCGCGGGAGGAGAGUUUGCGGAAGCUUCGUGAGGAUAAGUCGACGAGGGUGUUGCUUUGCAGUCUCAAGUGUGGCAGCUUGGGCUUGAACUUGACGGCUGCGACGAGGGUCAUCAUUAUCGAGCCUUUUUGGAAUCCUUUUGUUGAAGAACAAGCCAUAGACCGAGUCCACCGCCUCACUCAAACCGUCGACGUCGUCGUCUACAAGCUCACCGUCACCCACACCGUCGAAGAAGGCAUCCUCGAGCUGCAGGAAAAGAAGCGCCUCCUCGCCGAGCAGACCAUCGAAGGAAGCUCCAGGAAGGGCGCUCUCAAGCUCGGCCUCAACGAAAUCAUUGAGCUGUUCAAGCCCAUCCACACGUCGCGCUUCCAGGACGGCGGCGCACACGACAAUGCGGCGGCGCAGGAUGAGGGCAGGAGGGCCAAGGAUGCCGUGUCGUUUUUGCACAAGAACAAGCAGAAGAAGGCGCAGCAGAAGCCAGAGAAUAGUGCGUAUGCGCGACGGUGGUAG